AUGCCACUCUUGGUGCCUUCCUCCUUCCUAUUGGUUGAAAUGCUGAUGUGACGGUUGAUGCUAAUACAGCCAUCUUAUGCUAUGAGGUGACUUUGGGCUAUUCAUGGUGGAUACAGGAAACAUGCAGUAGAGUUACUUACCGUUCCAGCCCUGAGCCCCUAACAUCUAGGGCUUCAAGUGAAAGAGAAGCAAACUUUACCUUGUUUAAGAUACUAUUGUUGGCCCGGUCAUGGUGCUGGGCCGCGGGCUGCCCAGCCGCCGCAGCCUCGCCGCGCUGGGAGCCGCCUGCGCCGGCCUGGGCGCGGGUCCAGCCCUGCUGGGACGCCUGCUCCAGCACAUGGAAGCGAGGAAGAGCCUGACCGUGGCACAGGGCGCCAUGAAGGUCGAGCUGCUGCCGGCGCUGACCGACAACUACAUGUACCUGAUCAUCGACACCGACUCCAGGGAGGCCGCCGUGGUGGACCCUGUGCAGCCCCAGAAGGUCGUGGAGACGGUGAGAAAGCAGGGCGUGAAGCUGACCACGGUGCUCACCACCCACCACCACUGGGACCAUGCUGGCGGGAACGAGAAGCUGGUCAAGCUGGAGCCAGGGCUGAAGGUGUAUGGGGGCGAUGACCGGAUCGGGGCCCUGACCCACAAGGCCACGCACCUGCUCACCCUGCAGGUGGGGUCUCUGAGCGUCAAGUGCCUGUCCACGCCCUGCCACACCUCGGGCCACAUCUGCUACCUCGUGAGCAAGCCCGGCAGCGCCGAGCCCCCCGCCGUGUUCACAGGCGACACCCUGUUUGUGGCGGGCUGCGGGAAGUUCUACGAAGGGACGGCGGACCAGAUGCACAAGGCCCUCCUCGAGGUGCUGGGCCGGCUCCCUCCAGACACGAGAGUGUACUGCGGCCACGAGUACACAGUCAGCAACCUCCAGUUCGCGCGCCACGUGGAGCCCAACAACAGCGCCGUGCGGGAGAAGCUGGCCUGGGCCAAGGAGAAGCACGGCGUCGGGGAGCCCACGGUGCCCUCCACCAUCGCCGAGGAGUUCACCUACAACCCCUUCAUGCGGGUGAGGGAGAAGACGGUGCAGCAGCACGCCGGGGAGUCGGACCCCGUGGCGGCCAUGCGCUCCAUCCGCAGCGAGAAGGACCGCUUCAAGGCGCCCUCCGACUGAGGCGCUGCCCUGGCCGCCUGCGCGCGCGCACUGUGGAGCGCCCCAGUCUUAGGUAACUGACAUCCAGCGAGGAGUGCGCUCAUUUCCUUGGUUCCAUUUUAAAUUAACUUCGAGCGCUCAAAAAAAAAAAAAAAAAACAAAAAGAUGCUAUUGUUUCCGUGUUCAAAGCUAAUUCUUUCACCCCUCCAUGUGCUUUUCCUUACCUACUCCCCAAAUACAAGCAUAUACAGAUUUAUUUUACAUGGAAUCCAAAUACAAACUGAUU